CUCCAAGAUAGGUAUCACCAUCUUUCACUCCAUACUGCUGCUUUUAUAUUGUGACUUUUUUUCGCCUCUGAACCCCUACACGAGUACAGCGCCAGGGGACCUGCACGCGUCACAUUCAUCUGAAGUGAAAUGGAGCAUGAGCCAGCAUAAAGCUUACCUGGAUUGUUUGUGCCUGAGAUUUGUUUGCUUUUGUUUUCCUGAAUAACCUCACUUUCCACUCACUACAAAAUCCAGCGACGUUCAAAAGCUCACCAGCACAUCUACGGAAGAGCACUAUUGUGGAGUGCCUCACACCUCAGAACCCAAUCAGUGGGAUUUGUGGCGCAGGCCGACAAGCGACUUUGAGUCUUGGGACCUUGACAGACCUGGAAUAAUCCCAGCUGAGCGAUCGUUGGCCGCCGACACUCAACCCUCAAAUUCGAAUUUCUCAUAAUCAACUCCUCCUGGAUCAGCAACUCCCCCUUCCUGUACUAAUAUUCCACCAAGCAACGAGUCAUCACAGACUGGCGGCGUUCGUUACUUGCACAAACGUCAACACUCCCCAGCCUGCUAGCCGGCUGCACCCCUUUUCCGACCGACAGAGAUUUGACAUCUCCAGACAUUCAUCUACACCACAUCAUCUACUAAGUUACACCACACGCCGCCCAUCAUGCCUGGCUUCGCAGAUUCGUUCUGGUCGUCUGGCGAUUAUGCCGGAGGUAAGAAGUCUCUGAAAACCCUUCGCAGCCUCAUUUGCUAAUGCUUUAUGGCAGGAUUGGGCGUUCUCUUUGACAAGCUCCAGCAAGGUGUCGCCGAGAACCAGCAGAUGCUCUUAAUCGCAAAAAUGAGAGCAGAGGCCGAAGAUAUUUAUGGCACGCGCCUGGGCGAUAUCGGCACGGCAACAGAUAAAAUACAGGGUGGAUUCUCUCGCGAUGAUGGAGCCAGCGUCCGCAAGGUGAGGAUGAUAGUCACUGGGGUGAAUAGCAAGGAGAAAGGGGCGCUAAGCUAACAUUCUGUAGGCAUACGAUGGAGUCCGUACAGAGAUGGAAGAAGCAGCAAAAAACCACCGGAAAAUUGCGCAGAGCAUUCGCGACUUGGUCGUAAACCCCUUUUCGAGAUGGUGCGAUGCCCACGAAUCGAGACUAGCAAAUUCACAGGAGGAUCUCCAAUCGCGGAUAAAGCUUCAUGAUAAGCAGGCGGAAGCGGUCAAAAAACUGCGCAGCCACUAUUUCAACAAAUGUCGAUUAGUCGAGGACAUCGAGGAGGAGAACAAAUUGGCUUUCCAAGACCCAGAAACUAGUCCUAAACCAAAGAUCCCAGAAAUCAAGGUUGUCGAUAAGGAGGAGGACGACGAUGAGCAGCUUGAAAUUGCCGAUGACAUGUACCAAGCAGAACAGGUCCGGAAAAUCCUUGGGCACGUUUUGCAGACCGUUGCCUUGCGCGAGACUAAAGUUCCGAUCCUGGGCACAUACGCAAAUACUACACCUGGCGCUGAGAUUGUCGAGUACUUCCAAAAGCAUAUGCAAGCAACAAGCGUGAGCCAUGCUGAGCGCAUUGGACAGGAUCUUAUCACGCACGGAUUCCUCCGCCUGGUUGGAAAUGUGGGCAACAUCUUCGCCAACAGCUCCAAGAUGAACUAUCAAUGGAAGCCGAAGGCGUUUCAAUGGGCUGGCAUUCCGGAGAAGAAGCAGACAUUGGGCCGAUCAUUCUCGAUGCCACCCGGCGUAGACAGCGUCGACUCUCCAAUUGUUGGCAGUGUUACCGAAUACCUAGCUGGAUGGAAUCCUCUCAAUACAGCGAAUCCCAACGAAACACCAGGCGAUCGUCUUCGAAGAGAAGCAGCAGAAGCCGAUGAAAGAUACAAGGCUGGUGUUCGGAAGUUGGAUCUUUAUCGCUGUCAACUCGAGGAAGCUAUCGUGGAACAUCUCAAGUAUCUCGAACGAUGUGAAUUGGAUAGACUAAAGGCUAUGAAGACCAUUAUCUUGGAUUUCUCGGGCACCAUCAGUAACGUUAUUCCAAGCUUGCAGUCAACUGUGGAUAAAAUGAUGCUUUAUCAAGAGACGGUACAACCUCUGGGAGAUCUACGAUACCUCCUUGAAAACUACCGAACAGGUGGUUUUGCCCCUAGGGUCACGGUUUAUGAAAACUACUACAAUUCCGCGGAUGAACAGACCUUUGGUGUUGAUCUGGAGGCACGAGCUCGUGCAGACCGAAAGCGUGUACCAGCUCUGAUCACAACAAUUCUGACAUUCUUAGACAACCGCUAUCCGGAUCUCGAAGGCGAUGAGGCUCGACGAAGUGUGUGGCUCGUUGAGGUACCAUUGGCGCAAACUCAUCGAGUCCGAGAAGCACUUAACACUGGAAAGGCGUUCCCUAUCGAAACCCUGGAACCUUUUGAAAUUCCAAUAAUUGCCAGCGUUCUAAAAUUAUAUUUGUUGGAGCUUCCCGGUAUGAUGACGUUGCUGAUCGCUUGGGCGUUUCCUCGCUAACAUUGAAUAGAUUCCCUGGUUUCAUCCCAUGUUUACGAAAUUAUGAAGACGAUCUAUUCUACUCCGGCAUCAGAAUCAUCCAAUGAAGCACGCAUUUCAGUAUUACAAAAUACACUAAGCCAACUGCGUCUUGCAAAUAUUGCAACUUUGGAUGCUCUGAUGACACAUUUCACCCGACUCAUCGAAUUGACUUCGGCUGAUGAGACUUAUAUCGCCGCCCUUGCAACAACCCUCGCGCCCUGUAUUCUCCGCCCAAAGACGGAAACUUCCAUGACCAUAGAGGAGAAGUUUUCUUACCGUUUGAUACGUGAUCUCUUUGCUCAUAAGGUAGCAAUUUUCAGCGAAUUGAAGCGGGCCUCUUCUCUUUCUCACACCAUUAGCGUUGAUACCCGCCCACGAGCAAUCAGUUCCGACGAGAGUAAUCGAAAAGCCAACAUGGAAGCCCGCGCUCGUGCUAUCAUUGCAGCAGGAGGAGGUUCUAGGAGCCGAAACCCGAGUCCGGCACCCUCCCCUAGGGGACAUCGCCGGGAUCGCAGCUCGGGAGGACCAGAAACUCGAUUCCCCGUUUCCGUUGUUCAAACCUCACCAACCAAUCCAAGAGAUAAGCAUGCAGCUGCUCGUCAAAGUUUGGAAGUUCCUGGUGAUAUGGCAAUUACAAAUGCUGAGCCAAAUGGACCUGCAUCAGCGCCUCUUCAGUCUGUCACUAAUGGCUCAUCUCCCUCAGACACGCCUUCAACAAGUGCAACCUAUAUGCCGAGCGUAAAUGAUGGACCUGGAGAGAUUCAUGUGGAGAAGCGUAAUAGUUUAGGGCGCUCGCCACACAUCACCGAGGCGGGUGUUAAUAAACGUGAUAGCUUGGGACGAUCGGGCCAUGUCAGCGCCACAGCCAGCAGAUUCGGAGGUCGUAAGCCUGUCAACCUCGCACGAAUGAGCCAGAGCUACGAACCAAGCAAGCGCGACAGUGUAGGAAGUAACUUUGAGGAGAGUAUCAGUGUGGGGGAGAAGACGGGUGUCACUUUGACUGAUAAACCGAUGGAUGACUAAAUCAGUAGAUGAUCUGGGAAUUUAGUUCUUCGUUAGUUCUUCUCUUUUUUAAGGUGGAGCAAAGCGAAAUUUAUGGAUGACUUGGGCAUGGCAUGAAACAAAAGCAAGUACAUAGGUUUGCUGCGGAUUUGAUGCAAAUGCAGG